GUCCGUCCGCGGGUGCCAUCAUGGCGGACGCGGCCAGUCAGGUGCUCCUGGGCUCCGGUCUCACCAUCUUGUCCCAGCCGCUCAUGUACGUGAAGGUGCUCAUCCAGGUGGGAUAUGAACCUCUUCCUCCAACAGUAGGACGAAAUAUUUUUGGGCGGCAAGUAUGUCAGCUUCCUGGUCUCUUUUGUUAUGCUCAGCACAUUGCGAGCAUCGAUGGGAAGCGCGGCUUGUUUACAGGCUUAACUCCAAGGCUGUGUUCAGGAGUCCUCGGGACUGUGGUCCAUGGUCAAGUUUUACAGCGUUACCAGGAGAGUGACAAGGCUGAGGAGUUAGGACCUGGAAAUGUACCAAAAGAAGAAGUUUCAUCUUCCUUCGACCGAGUUAUCAAGGAGACAACUCGGGAGAUGAUGGCUCGUUCUGCUGCUACCCUCAUCACACAUCCCUUCCACGUGAUCACUCUGAGAUCCAUGGUACAGUUCAUUGGACGAGAAUCCAAGUACUGUGGACUUUGUGACUCCAUAGUAACCAUCUAUCGAGAAGAAGGCAUACUAGGAUUUUUUGCGGGUCUUAUUCCUCGCCUCCUAGGUGACAUCAUUUCUUUGUGGCUCUGUAACUCACUGGCCUACCUCGUCAAUACCUAUGCACUGGACAGUGGGGUUUCCACCAUGAAUGAAAUGAAGAGUUAUUCCCAAGCCGUCACAGGAUUUUUUGCCAGUAUGUUGACCUAUCCCUUUGUGCUUGUCUCUAACCUCAUGGCUGUCAACAACUGCGGGCUUGCUGGUGGGUGCCCUCCUUACUCUCCAGUAUAUUGUUCUUGGAUAGACUGCUGGAGCAUGCUACAAAAAGAGGGAAAUAUGAGCCGAGGAAAUAGCUUGUUUUUCCGGAAGGUCCCCUUUGGGAAGACAUAUUGUUGUGACCUGAGAAUGUUAAUUUGAAGAUGUGGGACAGGGACAGUGACAUUUCUAUAGUCCCAGAUGCACAGAAUUAUGGGAGAGAAUGUUGAUUACUAUACAGUAUGGCACGCUUUUUUAAUAAUCAUUUGAUCUUGGGAAAAUGGAGGUGUUUGGUGUCUGCUUUUUUUGUUCUUUUUCCCAGCACAGCAUAAUUUACCUCUAAUAUUCCCCCUUUAGUUAUUCUCAAAUGGGACAAUUUUGCUCCAGACUCUUUAUUUUACUUAAACAGAAAAGUUGCAUUUUCCUCAAGGUUGUCAUGUGAUUUGAGUCAUAAUUCAAAGCAUUGUAAAAUGAAGAGUACAGUCCCCAGAAGAAGUAAUUCUAUAAAACUUAGGAAUAGUAAGGCAGACUGAGUGGGAGGUCAAGAAUGACCUUUUCUUUAGUAGAACCUGAAAACUCAGCAGCACCCACCAGAACCUGCUUCCCAUUGUGUGCUUCUAAGCAUUUUUUAUUAACCCUAUCUCAUACUCCAUAAAAAAGGACAAUCCAUUGAUAAAUCACCCUAGAAUAUCUCUACAUGAGGCAUCCACACCUUCAGUCUGUUAUUGCAAAGUAAUAAAUUGUUGCCAACAACAGAAAAAAAGACAAUUAUAGAGAAUAAGAAUUCGGAAAGAGAGCAUAAUGGCUUUUUCUCCCCCCAAAAGAAAUUAUUCUUGUCAUUUAAAAUAUGAAAAGCAAAUAUUGUGGCAGUAGCCCCUUCUCUAAAAGCUAAGUCGUUGCCAGUCCCUAAGUGACAUCAUUACACAGUUCUAAUUGUAUACACUCUUGUUCAGUUUUUGUUCUGUUUUCUUUUUGUUGUUGCAGAAGGUGAGUAGUUUGUCUUUCAUUCCUGUGACACCCUUGGCAAGUGUGCUUGUAACUUCCUAUCAGAUGAUGCAGUCCACAGGGUUCUUAGGAUAUUGAUCACCUCGCAUGUCAUACCCUCUUUAGGCACGUUAACGAGCAUUUGCAGAGGGAAAAAAAUCACUUUAGAAGGCAAUGAAUUUCAACUCGAGCAUAAAGCUUCUAUCUACUCAGGACUUUUAAAAACAGGUUAAAACGCUCUAAGAUGAGAAAGUAUAUGGUUUCACUUAUUUAAGUAAUCCGCUAGGAUGUUGCCAAAUGAGUAAGCACUUAAUUUGCUGCUUCUCAGACUUCUCUAUCAAAGCAGCAGCCCCCAUGAUAGCCGAGUGAGCAUGCAGGGGUCUCCUUCCUCCCCCAGGGUUUAGGAAUACAGCCUGAAACUCAUGAGCAGCUUACCUUGAAAUGUUGUUGAUGUCUCUUUCUUUGUCUGAAAAAGUAAUGUAAAUUUUAUAUUCUAUUCAAUAUUAUAUGCAUUUGUUUUAAUAUAAAAAUGUUUUGCAUUACCCGUCUUUUCCCCCCCAAAAAAAUCUUCAAGUAAAGAUGAUCUAGGAAAAUGUGCCAUGUUUAUUAUCCUGUGGCUUCUGUGCUCAUACAUGCCUGCCUAUUCCUAGUUGAGUUUGACUGUGAGGACCAGUCUACCACCAGAGGGCGCCAAGGCUUUGAUUUUUGUCUGUGCUGCUAAAAAAUUUCACCAAGGCCUGGAAAUGUUCCAAAUACUAGUUCAGUCAGUCUAACUGCAUCCAAGUGAUAGGUCCAAUAAGGGCACUAUUCCUGUGUUCCUCCAUAAAAUUUAAUAGGCUGUUAAUAUCAAAAGUCUGAACUUCAUUCAGGGGCUUGUAAAUUCAAGUAGGUACUUUAAAGAUACACAUGUAAAAAUAAUGAACUCUCUCAUGGAGUAAAUAAUAGAGACUGAGAUAACGAUUAUCUAGUAAACUGCACCUGUGAAACUGGGCGAGUGCUUUGCCUUGGCAGUGCUGAGCUAAAGUGCCAGGAAAUAUCCCCCCUUGGGAGUGUGAUGGUCACUGAAGCCUUGAUUGAAGAAUGUGAAGUUUCUUGGGACUUUUGGGGUGGUUGUAAAAAUACCAGGGUAUAAAAGCAACCUUAGGAUGAAAUAAACUUUAAACAUAA